GAGGCGCGGCGGUAACGUCCUGCCUCCUCGCGCCUAGCUGCCGCUGAGCAAGCUUUGCGCACACACGGACCUCUGCGCAUCUGGUCGUCAUCAGCAGCAGCAGCUCUUCCUGCUCAGAUGUGACUCAGCCAGAGUGGGAAGAGAGCUCCUCUCCUUCUUCUUAGGGGACUUGUCUGACCAACGUCUGCGAGAGUCGCUCCGAGGCGGCGCAGGAGAAAGAAAAGCUGCCUCUUCUGGCCCCCGACUUUGCCGCCGACGCGCUCCGCUAAAUGGAUUGGCUGUAGGGGUCGGCUCGGGAAAAGCGGGCGAGGAGAAAAACUUUGGCCGAAGCUCGUCUGAGUCCAGCGCGGCUGAUCUGGAUUUGAACAGAUCCCCCUUUCCGCUCGGAAGACCGGCUGGUUCCUGGACACGCCGCCUGUGCCUUCUGCAUGCAAGGAUCUACUUGGCUCGCUUGUUGUUCUGCUUUCUCCGCCGCUCGCCGCUCCAUUUUUUCCGCCGUUGCCCACUUGCGUCAUGACUUCUAGCUAUGCACAUGUAAUGGACAGGCAAGCGACGAUAUCAAACCGCCUGGAGAGCCCGAUCACGUCUAACCUGGACAACCUGCAAGCCAAAAAGAACUUCUCGGUCAGCCACCUGUUGGAUCUGGAAGAGGCCGGGGAAAUGGUCGGCACCCAGGCGGACGAGAGCGUCGGGGAGGCGGGCAGGAGUAUGCUGGAGUCCCCGGGGCUGACCAGCGGGAGCGACACGACCCAGCAGGAGAAUGAGCAGAUGAACACGGAGGAGAAGAAGAAGAGGAAGCAGCGCAGGAACAGGACCACCUUCAACAGCAGCCAGCUCCAGGCUCUGGAGAGAGUGUUUGAGAGGACACACUACCCCGACGCCUUUGUCAGAGAGGACCUCGCCCGCCGGGUCAACCUCACCGAGGCCAGAGUCCAGGUCUGGUUUCAGAACAGGAGAGCUAAGUUCCGCCGGAACGAGCGCGCCAUGCUGGCCAGCAAAAACGCCUCGCUCCUCAAAUCUUACUCAGGAGACGUGACGGCGGUGGAGCAGCCGAUCGUACCGCGCCCCGCGCCGCGCCCCAAUGACUACCUGUCCUGGGGCAGCGCUGCCCCCUACUCUCCCGUCGCUCCCCUCUGUCAGCGGGACCCUCCUGACGAGCGCCAUGGCCACCUACCCGCCCACCUGCUCCAACACCAACACGUCCCAGGGAAUGAACAUGGCCAACAGCAUCGCCAACCUGCGGCUCAAAGCCAAGGAAUACAGCUUGAACCAGGUGCCCACGGUCAACUGAGAGGAGGGGAGGCCGGGGGCUCGCGCAGGAGGGGAAGGGGACCCUCUCUGCCGCCGGACCCCCGCGGUCGGACACCGUCUCUGGGAUGGGGACCAUCUCACAUAACCUGGAUCGUGAAGUCUCCUCUCCUUUCUGGAGCAGCCUCGGUGGCGUAGUACUACACCUAUAUCCAAAAUGAGGGACACCGAGCGGUGUCAGGAUUUUCCCUAAGUUGCCUUAUUUUUCCAUCCUGAGCAUCACUGAACUCUUUGUACAAAAAGACAUCUAGUUUGGAUGUUGUAGCUGAUUAUCUGCAUAGUUUUACAUUUGUCAUUGUGACUGAAAUGGAGGGCGAGUUUCUUUUUUAAUCAGAGAUCUUGUUCUCGGCGGAGACUCGUGUACGGACUACGUGGAAUUCCCUUUGUCCCUUUGUCCCUUUGGCUGUGGUGUUGGAUGAAACCACACACCAAAACUGGGAUCAGCAAAUCUUAUUUUUCCUUUUAAAAUCACCAACAAACCGACAAGGACUUCCUCUGACAUUUAUGACGUUUUUUUUAAAGAUAGUUUUGUUUUUUCACAUUUCUUUCCAUGUUAUACCACUGACAAGCAAACAUUUUCAACGCAUUUUGAUUUUCAUGUAAUAGUCCAAUAUAAAGGAGAGGCUAAUGUAUUUCUGAAUCCAAAACCAGUAGAUUCUCCUUAUUUCCUAUGAUAUCCUUUAUCUGUAACAGAAUAAAAACUUGUAUAUUAAUA